AACUCUAACCAGUGAGAUCAACACAGACUCCACCGUUUUUGUUUUGACUGCAGCGCUUCACCUCUCUGUUUCAUCAUAACUCAUAAUUAUAUUUAGCACUGCAUGUAAACACAGGCAGGACCGGUCCCAUCUUUCCCAACAGGCUUGCUACAUCCACAUGCUGAGGCUGGAAGCUUUAGAUGACAUUACAACUCGUUUUUAUUUGUAAUGAAAGAGUCAGCAGGUUGAAAAAAGGGAGGAAGCUGCUCAGUCCUCAGACAGACAGGAAGGAAGGAACAGCUACUACGCUGCAACGCAACAAAACACACUUGAAUUCCUCUUCAAAAGCUCAGACACCUUUUGGUUCUCUAUGGACACAUGAACCACAUGCUGGCAAAAAGGGGGAACUAGAGCUUAGCAGCACCCCCCCCCCCCUCAUCACCAGCACUCAAUAUCCUCUUCGGAGUUCUGCUGUUAUCUCUUUUGGUUUGAGCGUGGCACACUCCCAGUGGGGCAGAUGGUGCUCAGUGUUCGGACUAGAAGCUGAGACAGGCCGUUAUGGGAUGCUGCGGUGUGACCCAGAGGAACACUGGGGUGGACGAGGUGGGCCCGGAUGAGAUCGAGCUCCUGGAACUCUCUGGGGACAACCUGGGGUUGUGGAGUCUGGGAGAGACCAGGCUGAAGCUGUCAGUGAGGAACAGCAGAGAGGAGCAGCAGCCCCCCCCCGCUAAAACUACCUCCACCCCCCCCACCACCGCGCUACCCCUCAACACGACACCUGGAGAAAGAGGUGGUGCUGUGGGGCCGGAGCAGAGAGGAGCUGACCCACAGGAUCCACUCCUCCCAGCCAAUCAAGGAGUGGGAGGGCCAGCCUGCACACAUGUAUGGAGAGAUCAUCCACUCCUCCCUGGUGUCUCUCUACAACAGCUACACCCAGGAAACCAGUGAACACUUCCUGGUGCUGUUCUCUUUCCACCUGCUGAUCCUCUCCCUGGAUCACUCUCGAGAAGACUUCAUCUAUGAGGGCAUCCUUCCCCUUUCUGGACUCUCCUUGGAGGCCGUCUCUCUGGACCAUGAUGCGUCACAUUCACCUCACAUGUUUGAGAUCAGUGGUCCAAUGGUGGACUCCAAGGUGUUCAUAUGUGCCAGUGCUGCAGAGCAACAGAAGUGGAUGCAACACAUAGAAGACAGGAGACACAAGUCAAUGGCACAACCCAUGAGUCCCUCCCACUGCGCUCUCUCCUAUCUGCUACCCUGUGAUGAGCACUGGAAAAGAGAAGAACUGAAAAAGUACUUACUGCAAGCCCCCAUAUGGCAGUGGGAGGGCUCGUCCAUACAGCACAUGGGUCAGCCGGGAUACAUAUCUAUCGUUCACAUCAUCAACUCACAGAGACAGGGUCUCCAAGAAAGAUUGAUGGUUCUCUUCCCUCAAGACGUGCUGCUACUGUCAGUCGACAACAAGCGUCUGAAUAUAAGAUAUGAGGGCCGGUUGCCCCGACAGAGCAUCAGAGCGGUGGAGAGGUCAGCUCUGCCUGGGCGGCUUGAGUUUGAGCUGAUAGGAGAGCUGGUGGAGCCCCUGCAGGUCUCUUGUACCUGUUACGAGGAUUAUCGGAACUGGAUGUUUCAAUUACAACAGCCAGACAGAAACAGCCACGUUGCAGUGAGUCACGCUCCUCCUCCCAUCAUGCCCAAGCUGCAGAGGAGCAGGAAGGAGUCCCAGGAACCGAUGAUAACAGCGGACCAACAUGACAUCAACGGACGCAGCUGAGUUACCUGAAGGUGGAAAAUCUGAAAUAAUGUGUAGAUAAUGUGUACAUAUCACUUGUUUGAGUAAUGUUGAUACGAAAUGGAGACAAUAGAGGAGGAGGCUCUGAAAUAUGAUCACCGUUUGACAGUGUUCGCUUUGAUGUGGGGACAAACAGGAAGGUCAUGACCCAGUUCAACAGCGGUAGACAUGUUAGUGUGGAGAUUGUAAAAGUUUCUGAAGAAAAUAGUGUUGAGGAAAUUGUACAUACAGUAUUAAGCUUGGAUGUAAUUAAAAUCAAAUGCACAAGGUUUGAAUUUUUGACAAUAAAUUCUUUGAUUUAA